UUCAAUUGUCAAUCGUCCGUACAUGUGUCCGUAAAUGACCCGUUGUGUUUGUGUGAGCUUGUGAUAACCUAUAUCAAUUUGUUUUAGCAUUUAACAGAAGAACGCUAUAUUUAAUUUAAUUAUGUCAGAACCUUCAAGCAAGGAGUCGGGAGCCACCAAAACUCCCAUGGUUUAUAUUUGUGGAGAAUGCCACAACGAAAAUGAAAUUAGACCAAGAGAUCCCAUAAGAUGCAGAGAAUGUGGAUAUCGUAUCAUGUACAAGAAGAGAACAAAAAGAUUGGCCGUAUUUGAUGCAAGAUGAGGGAGCACCGGAGUUCACAAAAAAUCACAUGUUGUAAUUUAAAUUAGUUUUUAAGCGUAAAAUUUAAUACAUGCAAUUACUCACAA